AUGAUGUUCGAUCCAAAAAUAAAAAGAAAAAAUCGAAAAAUUAAAAAUCGUUUAGAAGAUGAUGUAGAAUUUUAUUUACGAUUAGAAUUUGCCGAUGAUAAUGGCAAUGAAGUUGAAGAAUAUAUUCUAAAAAAUGCUAUUGAACGUUCUAUUGCUACCAUGUACGGCGAAAUCGGAAGUCAAUCGAUUCAAGUUGAAAUUGUCUCUUACAGAUAUGGUACGGCUCUUAUACGUACAAAACUCAAGAUGAUGAACAGACUACGAUGUGCUCUUACGCUAUAUGGUAUUCAUGAGAAUCGUUUGUGUGCAUUUCGCAUUGAGAAGAAAACAUCAGCAGCGUCGAAUGAACAGAAUAUUGAAUCAUCAUCAACAACUUCGUCACUAGAUAUUGAGACAGAUCAAUCAAUUUAUGAUCCAAAUGCUGCAAAUUUUUCAUCUGAUCCUAAAACCACUUGUAAAUUAAAUCAAUUUGAUGAGUUAUUACAGAAACAAUGGAACAGAGCAAAAGACCAAGGUUUAUUUGCGUUCCAUGUGGAUGCGCUAGAACAAAGAACCUUGGAUGGACAUUUGAAUUAUAUUAUUGAAUUGAAUACUAAUCGUUUUGAAAAACGGCGUACACCCUAUCCAUUUGAUCACGUCCAAACACCGUUUAACGAAAAUCAUUUUAAUUAUAAUAAAAUCAAUGAUGAUGAAAUUUUAUUUCGUUUAAUAUACGAAGUAGACAAAAAUAAUAGUGAACAUUUAGUGAUUAUUAACAAUAGUCCAAUAAGACCCUAUCAUGUUCUUCUUGUACCAAAUAGACAAUCUAAUCAACCACAGAUAUUAACUACAGAUUGUCUAAAAUUUGGUAUGCGUUUCGUUAGCCAAAGUGCUAAUCCAUUUAUUUAUGCUGGUUUCAAUUCUGUUUGUGGCUAUGCGAGUAUCAAUCAUGCUCAUUUACACGGCAUUUAUUUACCAUCCAAUGUAUUUGUUCAAACUGUGCAAUGCAAACCGUUUUUUAAUCGUUGCUGGAUAAUGGAUCUGUUUGAUGCACAUGCAUUUGUUUUUGAAGUAUUGCAUAUAAAUGAGUUUGAUCAAAUCGCUAAUCUUGUAUGUGCCAUAACCGAUUAUUGUGUUAAAAAUGAUAUCGCCCAUAAUUUAGCCCUUUUGAAAGGUGUAUCAUUGUCAGAUAAAAAAUUGUUUGCAUUGAGAAUAUUUAUUUGGUAUCGAAAAAAGAUUAUUGGUAACUUAAAUUUGAUCAUUUUUUAG